UUCACAAAGUCAAUUGACUUAUUUAUCAGUUAGUGCUUACCCACAAUAUUAACGUGCAAGGAUUUAACCGGUCUCUCACAUUUUCAAAAUGUUGACAAUAGACGACGAUUUUCAUCAAUUAAAACUUCCUCCAAAAAUUAGCGACGACUUCAAUAGUCUUGAAUUGAACAUUACGAAUAUUCUCCUGCAAUCAUCAGAAACUGAAGGGGGAAAACUAAAUGUUGCUGAUCCUGAAUAUGAACAGUUUUUGGCUGAUGUUUGGGUCGGAAUCGUAUUGACACUCAUGGUGCUUAGUUGUGUAUGUUUUAUGUGUUCUUGUUUGAUUUAUCACAAGUUUCAGCAGUGGAAAACACGAGUUAUAGAAGCGAGAAACGCUGGCAACAUAGAAACCGGGUUACCGGAAUCGGAACUACCAAGUUACACAAUAGCAUCGGGCCUACCAACAUACGAGGAAGCGUUGCAGCAGCUCCAUCGGGUCAAGGACCCUCCACUUCCUGCCAAAACGGUAGAACUUGCAGACUGGACGCCGCAGACACCUCCGACGCCCGUUACACCCGUUAGUAUGAACGUAGUGAAGUUCUUCCAUGGAUGUACUAACGAUAACGCGGAUUCCGCAAAAGCGACAUGAAGUUCUGACUAUACUUGAACUUGAAAUUUUUUUAUUUUGUGGUUUCGAGCGAAGGAGAUUUAGUCUGAUGGAUUUUUCAAGUCGCCGAGAUUGUGCAGUGGUUUGAAACGGAUACGAUGGAUUGUUUUGCUGUUUUAAAUUUUGCUCUGUCAUGGACUUAAAAUUAGUUUGGAACUGUAAUAUACUUUAAGAACAACGCAAUAAGCAGAAAACAUGAAUUGCUUGAUUAAUAACAAUUAAUUGAACCCGGUUUAAAUAUUUUGUUAGAAAUGUUAUAAAAAAUUCUACAUCUUAUAAUUACGAUGAAAUGAAAAUCAUAACAAUUAAUAUUUUAACACAAGUAAUCAAGCUAUUUAAAUGGGAAUAAGCCAUAACUAAAGGUAGUAUGUUUGUUGACGUUUCAAUUUCCACUUCGGACAAUGAAACGUCAAUAAACAUACCUACUUUAACCUUUAAUAAUUGUGACUUAUUCCCAUUUAAAUAGUAAUUACUUUAGAAUAGUAAUGCCACAAGAAAAUAGUUUCAGAACAAUAGUAAUCAAGCUAUUUAGUUGCUUUGACAUGGAUUGCAUAGAUUCUUUUAAAAUGGAUGCUUUCCGUGUACUUCCGUAUACCGGAUAUUUCCAAUAUAAGAAGUAUUGGGAGGGAAAGAUACUCGACUAUGUUAUUGUUAAACGUAGUUUACACGUCGUGUUUACUUCUCUUACUAAGAUAUUUUCGGAUACUUUUGAUGCGCAUCAAGUGGCAUGCCGAUUGUAGAAUUUUCAAAGUCAUUCCGAGUUUUGACAAAGUGUACCCAUUAAUUAUAACAUGAUACCUCAAUAUCAUCGAACGUCAUAGCAGCAUAAAAAAAGUACAGUAGUACCACAAAAUAAUAAAACAAUGAGAAUUUUCUUUAUUGUAUAGCUGGAUUUUCACAGAUCCGAUGACACGAAAUACGAAAUUUUUUCGUACGAAUAUAUUUGAUUGUCGCAUCCGAAAUUUUUUGACAUAUAAGUAUGUCAAAUAUAUGUGUUAUGUGUAAGAUUAUUGGAUCGAUUGAUAUUUAUUUCAAUGAACUAUCA